GGCAGGCACCGCUGGUGUUAGGUGGAGCUGAGUAUAUAACGGGAAGGUGAGGUAAAGAGAGCUGGCUGCAGGAGAUCCAGACCCAGUGGACGAUGUGGUACACCGAGGACAUGGACGGCAGACUCGUCCAGAAAGGUGUGGACGACCUCAAGCACCUGGCUGUGAGGCUAUCAAAGCUGUUACCCUCAUUGAUCUCAGAGGGGAAGCUCCGAGGUGGAUCCAUCAAAUUCAUAACCAGCUCAAAACACAGGUGUGUCAAGAGCACACUGUCCUUCAAGGCAGGACUGACCGAGCUGUGGGCCAUUACAGAUCAGGAGUUUGACCAUUCAGUGAACGAUGCCCUCAUGAGGUUCUUUGACCACUGCACCAAGUUUGUGGAGGAAGUUGAUAAAAACUCCUCAGCUGUGGAGGAGGUGGAAAAAUUCAAGCAGGGACCAGAGAUGAGGAGAGUCCAGGAGAAGAUUGCAGACCGGCUCAGGGUGCCGUACAGUGUCAUCACACAUGAUUUGGCUGAGGCUGCAUUUUACUUGUGUGCUUAUGAAUUUGCAAUCAAGGAGGUGAACUCCCCCUGGUGUCAGCUUUUCGAUGAGAACGAUGCAAAGGUGAUGGAGUAUGCGAGUGACCUGAGGGAAUUCUGGAAAAGAGGCUACGGUCAUGACAUUAACAGCAAGUCAAGCUGCAUCCUCUUCCAUGAUGUGUUUAGUCGACUGGACAAAGCCGCAAGAGAGAACAAGUUGGGCCAGCAGGUCACUGAACCUGUGACCAUCCAGGUGGGCCAUGCAGACACCCUCCUGCCCCUCCUCACCCUCCUUGGCUUCUUUAAGGAUAACGAAACCCUGACCUCCACUAACUACGCCACACAAGCACAGCGCACCUUCCGCACCAGCCACAUGUUACCUUACGCUGCUAACUUACUCCUGGUGCUGUACGACUGUGGGGGUGGUGACCUGAGACUGCAGCCGCUGCUCAAUGAGAAGCCUGUGACUUUCCCUGGUCUGACGGAGGCCUCUAUGCCGCUCUAUCAGGAAGUCAGGGAGCACUACAGGGAACUGCUCCAAGGCUGUGACUUUGAGGCUGAGUGUGAGCUGUUCAUAAAUCCUGACAAAGUUUAGACAGACAGACUGGUGGUGAUGGUGGAGUAGUUGGUUCUAUUCAAGAUACAAAGGAUUAGCUCCUAGGUUCCUUCUAUUAUAAUGUAGCUGGUUGAACAGAAUUAAAUUGUUUUGCAUUGGAAAUUCUAAAAUUGUGUCCUGCU